ACCCAGAUCCCCUCACCUUGACAGACAACAGCUUAUGGUGACACCAGGGAAAGUUAUACUCUACAGAACAACAACAUCAUCCCAGCUCUUCUUAAACUCUUCAAAUCAAAAAAACAUAUUUUUGCACUGAGCAGUGCUCCGCUGUAGUUCCGUAGCUCAUCAGUUGGUCCAGGAUGUCGUUCAUGAUGAAGGCCAUGUUGGGGAGUAAGUUGAAGGAUAUGACUGGAGGAGGAGGAGGAGGAGGAGGAGAGGUUGAGGUGCCAGCAGGCGAUGUGAAGGAGACCCCUGAGUCUAAAGGAAUGUCCAGAGAGGAGUUUGAGGACUACCAGCGACAGCUUAUAGAGGAGAAGAUGGAGCGGGACAAGGAGUUUGCCACAAAGAAGGCGGAGAGGGCCAACCUGAGGUCCUGCCUGCGGGACAAGUACCGCCUACCUGAGAGUGGCCAGGACGAAGCCAUGGUGAAGAUGGCGGGAGACGACCUGGAUCUCCCUGAGGACCUAGCCAAGAUGGUGGAUGAGGAUGAGGAGGAGGAGGCGGUGAAUGACUCACUACUAGGACAGCUACAUCAACUGCAGAACAUGGACAUGGACCAGCUGAAGACCAAAGCCCAGACCACCAUGACAGAGAUACAACAGGUGGCUGAGGAGAAGUGUGUCGUCAUGUGAAGAGUGAUCAUCAGACUUCUUCUACCCAUUGAUCUUUCUUCAGCAAUUAAGCAGUCCAUUGUGUGAACGCCUACGUCAAGUGGGAUUUACCCAACAAGCACCAAGCCUACGUCUUUGUUAUAAUUAUACAAUAUUGCAUGUUAAUCUUCACAGAACCACCUAAUCAUUCUGUUAUUCAGUUGCCUCAGAAAAUAUGAAUUGCUGAGGCGCUGUGAAAUCAUACUGUAUAAUGUUGCUAAUGACGAUCACCUCCUCUCUGUUCAACUUCCACACAGAAACAGAAUUAAUAGAAUAGACAAAGCCCCUCAGUCCACGAGUAUUUGACUGGUACACUCAAUAUGGCCGCCGGUCCACCCAUCACAAAAUGUUGACUUCAAUGGGAAUAUCUGUUCUAGUAAUUAUAUUUUUAUGCAUCCACAUCCGAAACGGUUGAAACAGAGUAUUUUGAGUAUUUUAACUUUCACACUAAUAAUUCUAUAUUAAACUGAUUAUGGCAGUAGGCCGAGAAUGGAAAAAGACAUAUAAACACCUUACUCUGCUUAUGUCAAUUGGCGUGAGGUCAAAAUCAAAGGAAGCAUACAUCGAUUUACAACACCUGGUUUUCUGAGCAUUCUUUCAAAUUGUUAGGACACAUAAACAGCUUAAUGGGCAUUCCAGUAGCAUUGCAGCUGUGUAUUUGAUCUGCUCAUGCACCGGUAGCACAAGCUUCCCUCUUAUGCACGAGUUAAGUGAGUUUCGGAAAUACUGAAAGUCUGCAUCUCAGAAGUAGUUUACACAUGCAAACUUUAUAUGUACAAACUCAGAAUCAAAUAGGCUUCGAAAAAAUGACAUGGUCACUGGGGUAGAACGUUUAUUUUGAUUCACGAUUUUCUGUAUUAAUAAAAGUCUCACGAGUAAACAGGAUUAUUAGGGAAAUCGUUUAUCCUCUAUGGGAUUGCUGCCCC